AUGUCAGACACUGAGACUGACAUUGAGGUUCUCACUACCCCUCCUCGAGUCCGUCGACCUUUACCGUCGCACAAUGCUGAUGCUUCUUCCAAUCUAUCACCUCACGUAUCUACUCCAUACGCUAGAACUUCCACUAUUUCGGAAGUUACACCUAAUAUUGUUAUGAGGAACAAGGAAGGGUCUGACCCUUUCCGGCGAUCUAGCAUGGAGAGGCACUCUGUUCAUUGUGGAUCUGACUUCAGCACUAGGCGAAGUCCUAAAGAAGCUGGAAAAUGGACUGACUUAUUCACUUCGAAGCGAAUUAAAAAUAAAAUUAAAAAGCAUCUUCACACCGAAACAUUGGAUGAAGACAGGAUCAGUAAUGACAGUGGCUCCUCAACAUACGACAGUAUCGAUUUGGAUUCUCUCAGUACUAUAGAAUUAAGAAAUUUGGUCGAGAAAUUAUUGAAAGACAGAUGUUUACCUCAAGGAAAUUUGGAGUCGUUCUUGGCUAGUAUGAGCGAUGACCGUAUGAAACUUCUAAUCAGGCAGAAUCGCAAAGCAGACAGUGUUCAAAAAAAGACUCCUAAACAGUUUGUUGCUCUAUUGGCCAGAUUAUCUCAGACUGAAAACGUAGUGUCCAGGACAAACGAGAUAGUUUCUCUUCGCGUUUCCUUAGCGGGGGCCGACGUAUCUUAUGUGCAGGAAUUUGCAACUACUGUUUUACCUGACUCUGAACCUAGAGAGGACGGUCUACAACUAAUUGGACGUCUGAUCGGGAAUGUUCUUAGUCAAAUACAACAGAAAAGAGAUCAAGUUUAUGAAGUCAAAGAUCUGUUACUGUUCUUAACUGAACUGUUGAAAACUAUCCGAUGUAUUUUGAACACAUGUCCUGGAAUAGAUUUGGUACUCAGGAAAAACAACAGGACUAUUCAUCGUCUAUUAGAAGUUUUAUGUGUUAUAAAUAGGAAGGCUCAAACUCCCGAGACUAUGUCUCUCAGGAGAGAAGUUGUCAAAAUUCUCUCGUCCGUCUCGUUAAUUCAACAGUCUUCGAUUGAAGGAGUACAACUAGAGAGCAGUGGAGCUUCUAAAAUUCUCAAAGAGUUAAACUCCAUGGCGGGCUCUUCUAGACAAACAAGGUUCAAACCUAUUCUAGGCUGUCUAGAGUUCUGCUGUACUGUCGCUGAGGAAGAAUGCUUGUAUCGAUUACUUAUUAUAAUGAAUGUUUUGAUCAAUCGGUCGGACGACAGCUUAGCAGAAGAUCAAGCUUGGCAAAUGAGAAUGAGGAUCCGGAGUGAAAUGGUUCAAGAUGGGUUGAGUAGAUAUUCACAGAGAAUCGAGAAUAUAGCCGAACAGGUCGACCGAGUGAACAAUUCAUGGAAAGCAUUCGUUUCGCACCGUGAUGAAGAUUUCAAUGAGCUCGUAUCUCGUUUUGAAACCAUUCGCGGAGAAUAUGAAACUCUAGAUGGCUGUUUCGAGCUUCUUGUGUCAUCCACUGAUAAGACUCCUGUAGAACCGGUGAUGCUUAGCAUUCUUCAACAUUUAAUGUUAAUACCUGAGGAUAUAUCAGUCAGACUUGCCUAUUUCCGUUUAAUAGAGAAUUGCAUUAAUGAAAUUGUAUUGCACAAGAAUGGAGUUGAUCCAGAUUUUGAGUCACAGUUCAGAUUUGAAACACCUGUUUCUGAUAUGAUAGAACAGCUACAAGACUCGGAGAUUUCACGGAAGUUGGAGCAUACAGUUCAAGCCAAACAAGAAGCUGUUGCUAAGCAGAUGCUAUAUUGGCAGAAAUUAAAAGAGUUCCAACAAGAAGCUUCUCAGUUGCGGAAACAUAUUUCCGAACCAUCUGCACCUUUACCACCAGCAACUGUCUGUAAUUUAGAAGAACCAUGCUCAUCUCAACAGAGCUCGUCAGGUCUGCCACCUAUAACCGGUGGUCCUCCUCCUCCGCCUCCUCUAGGUGGAUUACCUCCCAUAACCGGCGGUCCACCUCCUCCCCCUCCACUGUUAGGAAAAGGAGGGCCUCCACCUCCUGCACCUCCUCCUCCUCCAGGGAUGCUUGGUAAAGGACUACCUGGACCACCUGCUCCUCCUCCACCACCGGGAGCUUUAGGACCUCGUCCGCCCGGAGCUCCACCACCUCCGUUGGGCGGGUUCUCGUUAGUUCCCGCGUUACCAGAACAUCUCGUUCCGAAAACUAAGAGGAAAGUUGAGAUACCGAUGAGGAAGUUCCCAUGGGGUAGCAACUCGAUUAACCCCAAAGAAAUAGCUGCAGAUUGCUUCUGGGCUAAAACUUGCGAAGAUAAGUUAGCCAAAGAGACCUUACUAAACGACUUAAAAGAAAGAUUUUCUUCUAAUCGUCAAGGCAAAACUUCUGAAGAUUCCAAGCGUAGUCUCCCAUUGAAGAAAGUCAAGUUACCUCAAGUUAUCCAUGACGAAAAAAUUCUCAAGUCAUUAAAUAUUCUAUAUGGGUCAGCAAAGUUGGCACCAAAGGAAUGGAGGCGGAUAAUAAUUGAAGUCGAUGAGAAGAAAGUAACUGUUUCUACCUUACAACAAUUGAGAGCUGCCCUGCCUCCUAUGGAUAUGAUACGCAGGUUGGCUGAAAUGGAUAAAUCAACCUACGAGGAUAUGCCUGAAGGAGAAAAGUUCGUUGCUUAUCUUUCGAGUAUUACUGCUCUUCCUGCACGAAUGGAUCAUAUCAUUUUCAAAAUAAGGUUCCAAGAAAUUCUGAAUGAACUGAAAUCGAGCAUUUCUGCUGUUAUUGAAGCUUGUGAUGAAGUUAGACGUUCUAAAGGCUUCAAAAUAUUCUUAGAAUUAGCGUUGCUCUAUGGUAACUUCAUGUCGCAGUCUUCUAAAUCUCAUAAAGAUGUGUUCGGUUUUGAGAUGAGCGUCCUGACUAAAAUUGCCGAUACGAAAGACGUAGAAAACAAGCAAACUCUUCUCCAUUAUAUGAUAGAAUCAAUAAAAAAGAUUGAUGCUUCUAAAGCGAGGUUUGCGCAAGAGGAUUUCUAUCACUGUGGAGCUGCCGCUCGUGUUAAUGCGGAAGAAGUCGAAAAUGGUGUCUCAACAGUGCGCCAGAGCGUUGUUAAGCUGGAGAAUUUCUUGAAAACGUACAAAAAACUGGAUGAUCACGAUAAGUUCCUUCAAGUUAUGACACCUUUCCAAUCGAAAGCUCAGGAAGCUUUUGCAACUAUAGAGAAGAUGCAUAAUAAAAUGAAAAGUGAUUGGCAAGGCUUAGCUAAGUUCUACGCUUUUGAUCCUAAGAAGUACCCCAUGGAACAGUUCUUCACUGAUAUAAAAACGUUCAAAGGCCAAUAUGAGACUGCUCACAGGGAAAUCGAAGCUGAAAGAGUUAAAGCUGAAAAGGCGAAGGAAUCUAAGAAGUCGAGCAAGGAUAAGAGAGCACCUCUUAGUACUAUACAAGGAGCUGUCAAUCCUUAUAGCAUCGCCAGUUAUGCUACGCCAAGCAAGAUUCAGACAGAUCCUACUAAAACAGGUGUUUUGGACGAAUUAGAGAAAGUUAUGGAGUCAGCUGAUCUGAACAAAUUCCUCCUAGGGACGAGAACACCAAAACCUCCGAGCGCUAUCGCGGGAAGAACUAGAAAAGGUCAAAUGGCGCUAAAUCGACAGCGGUCAAGAGGGUCUGAAAUGUUUUUAAACGAACGAAACGCUCUCGCUGAGCUAGGAACCUUAACGCCAACAAUAGCUCCUCGAGAACAAAGAGUUCGGAUAAGACAGAAGGGUGGAGGUACCAUUGAGACAGUACGUCCAAUGCAAACAUCACCGUCUCAUAAAGAGAACGUAGCCGCUGCUUCCAAUUCUCGAAAUUCCCGCCCCAACGCUAAUGAGUUAUUGGCGCGGUUGAAUGAUUUAUAG